AUGAUUAAUACAAGUGACUAUGAUGACUAUGACAGAGAAAUACUGACGAAAGAUUGUGUUACAAAUGUAAAGGUCUUUAUUAGUUCCGCUAGUAAAAGAGAAAGACAAAAACAUUUUCAACACGUUAAAAAUGAGAAUGAAUUCAAAUAUGAUAAUCUAUUAAAAGAUUCAUCUGAAUCACAAAUACCAAUUAUAGUUGAAGAUAGAAAUAUAAAUUCCCCAUGCUUACCAUUGGUUGAUAUUAACCAAAAUCAAGUUCAUACCAAUGUUACAAACCAAAUAUUAAUGCAAUUUGUGAAAGAUGGAGGAGUUAAAGAAAUAAUAAAUGACUGCCUAUAUCCAAAGGAAGAAACACUUUUAUUGCAUAUAAAAAGACAUUUAGCAGUAAUGGCUCCUGAAAAAAUGCAAAAAUAUGAACUGACUAAAUGGAACAUCUUGUGGCAAAGAAUUGAAGAAAAGGUUGGUUCAUAUUGUUAUUCAUAUUAUUAUAGAAGCUUAUUUGGAACAAUAUUGAUAAAGUCCGGAUCGUGGUUUGAAAAUCUAGAAACUUUCUUCGAUGAAGAUGAUGAAUCUUUACUUUCUCAAAUUGUUACAAAAGUGUUUGGCAUGUGUUCAAAUAUGUUGGAUCCUGAAUACUCAAAGAUUGAAAUGGAUGAAGAUUAUAUUAUUUCAAAAUUAAAUCAAUAUGCUUAUAACGAAUAUAAUAAUGAAGAUUUUAGUUCAAUAUCAUCAGACGAUUAUUAG